AUGACCGCUCCAAAAGCUUUGAACGCAAUAUACCGUGACAGGGAUUGCCCCCCAUGGCCAAUCGAGGGGGAAUUCUCCAUUUAUCCUCGAGAGAGCAUUUGCCGAAUCAUCAUCAGUAAACAGGGCCGAAUCUGCGGUAAACGCAUAUCCGACAGCUGUGCGGGAUCCCUGCGCCAGCACGUGAAAACGGCGCACUUGUCCGAAAAUUUAGUGCUUCGGCAGAGACAUCUCCGGAAACUGGAGCUGGUUCCGGGAAAACUUGGCUCUCCUGGUAGAGAGAUCGUCGCGGAAGUCGUGAAAGAACUUAUUUGUCGUUACAAAAACCCACUUGACCUUACGAAGAUUCAAUUCGAUGAAGACUCCUCUUCAGAUGAUGAGCAUCAUGAAAUAGAAGGGGAUGUCGUGGAACAUGUAGAGGAAGAUGAGCGAGAGGAAGACGAGCAAGAGGAAGAUGAGCAAGAAGAAGAGGAAGAAGAAGAAGAGGCGACACAAGUGGAAGAGGUGACAGAUGUGACAGCAGGGGGGGAUGUGACAGAGGAGGAAAGGGACACACCAAGCGAAGCGGGAACAUGCGAACUAGCCUUGAUGGGUAAACAUAUCCCUGAACAUGACAGAGAAGAAUUGGAAAGCCAAGAAAAAGGCAGUGAUACUAGCUCGGUUGAUGUAGAAUUCUUACCAGAGGACGGCCAUGAGGAAGUCAGGUUAACCAGGGAGAAGGGUGGCGACUCAGAGGAAGAGAAUAGCUUAGAGAGUGAGAAGAAGAAUGAAGUAGCGGCGGAAGACCUUCAGGAAGCAAGUGAUGUUUCUUCGGACUGGGGCUACAAUGGAGACGAUGAUGGUGACGAUGAGCAGGUAUUUGAGGAAGAUCUUGAGGCUUGUGGGGAGGAAAGGACAUGGGAGAAAAGCAAUAAGCAACGCGAUGAGUUAAUGCUGGAUAUCGAUACCGGCAGAAAAGAGCAUGGAAGUUAUCUAAAGUUUAAGAGCGAAAAGAAGGAAGAUACACCCUCAAAGCGUCAGCGCUCAGCCUUCGAUGACUACACUGACGGAGAUGAAGACGAAGACGACCACGAAUCCUGGUUUUCAACACCAACACCAGCACCCUCAAAGCGCCAGCGUAUCAUUGGGGCCCGCUAUGUGCGUAUCGGACAGCAGGAUAGUCCAGUCACCCUAGGAGAAGAAGUGACCGUCAAGAAAGCAGAGGAAUUUGUCGAGAAAAAAGAGGAAGUUAAGAAAGAAGAGAGUAUCGUCAGGAAAGAAGAGAGUCCCGAAACCUCCGAAGUGUACUAUCUAGCGAGGGAAAGUGGUGCAUGUUUAGAUUACGAAGGGGAUAUAUAUAUGUCAGGAAUCUAG